UUCAGAUGAUGUUUUGUUGCUAAAAUGAAGGACGAGUUUACACCGUAUACCCCCAACCCGGAGAAAAUUAUCGAGUUGUUUGAGAAGUUAGAGAAAGGAGAAACACUAGAGCUUAAGUGGAAAAAUCCAGGGCGACGUCCUCCCACGCCCGAAGCUGUUGUAAGCACGGAGGAGACCGACCCCUCUGAGCAGGAGGUUGAGAACAAAGAUUUUGAUUUCGACGCCGAAGAUUUUGGCGGCGGUGUGGUGACCCCUCAGCGACGAAAUCCUAACUCUGAGCUGAAGGGCUCGGCUCGGAAAUUGACGACAUCCUUCGGGAAUGUUCUUUCCAACAUGAAGAGACACCGUCAGCUGGAGGAGAUGGAUAUGAGUGAAAGUGAUGAUACUCCGACCAAAUCUUCUUCCUCCUAAUCUAGAAAAGAAUGGACAAACUAAACAAGCGUAGAUCCUGCGUUAUUAUUGACAGUAUAAAAUACGAUUCAUCAAGUAAUAUUGUGAACUAUA